GUAAUAGCGUUGUCGCUAUUGGAUUGCUCUGAGUCAGUUCUGAGCGUGUUGUUAACUGUUAAGCUAGAAAGAAGAAAAAUGAGACAGUAUGAGGUAAAGAUGGCCACGACAAUGGAGGCGUCACAGAGCCUCAUCCAGUCUGAGAGCAGGGUGCACAGCUACCAGGAGGUCACGGAGACGAGGAAGGUUAAGAAGACCAAGACCAGGCGGCACAAGGAUGAGGGAUCCAUUUCGGUUUCAAAAAGCUCCGAGAAACUGCACAAGAAGAUGAAGGCGGUGGAGGAGAACCCAACGUGCGCCAAGUGCGCCCGGCCCGUGUACGCCAUGGAGCGAGUGAAGGCGGAGCGGCGCGCCUGGCACAAGGAGUGCUUCCGGUGCGCGCAGUGCAACAAGCAGCUCACCGUGGAGACGUACCAGAGCGACCACACGACGCUGUACUGCAAGCCGCACUUCAAGCAGCUAUUCGAGCCCAAACCCGUGGACGACGACGACCAGACUGACGCUACACCGAGAAAACACCAAAUGAUAAUAUGCGAGAGCAACCCCGUCGAGCUGCCCCCAGACGUCGUCAGAGCAUCAGACAAGCCUGACCUUGGUCUGGAGGAGCUGGCGUCCCUGGACGUGAAGUCGCGCUUCGAAGUGUUCGAGAGGAAGGCGGCGCCGGAGCCCGAGCCCCGGGAGCAGCCCCGCGCGCCCCGCGAGAAGAGCACAGCCCUGCUCAGCAAGCUGGCCAAGUUCAAGGCAAAGGGCAUGGACAUCGGCGUAUCGGACGAGUACCUCAGCGGGGUGCCCAUAGACCCCAGCUCCAGCGAGGCCGAGGACGAAGAGGAUGAAGACUCGGUGCUCAAGAAGUCAUACAAGCACACCACCCACCGCGAGCAGCCGGUGUCCUUCUGCAACAUGAGCGAGAUCGUGGGGCGCUUCGAAAGCGGACAGGACGCCGCCUCCGAGCGGCACCGGGAGAGGAAGCAGGAGAUACAGAACAUCCGCAGCCGCCUGUUCAUGGGUAAACAAGCUAAAAUAAAGGAAAUGUACGAGCAAUCGGUGAUGCAGUGUGAACAGAGUAUGACGUCAGCAGACAAGAUAUCGCGCGAGCUGGAACUGGACGCGGAGAAGGCGAAAACCAUUAAGCAGCGGUUUGAGAACGGAGAGGUGUUCAAUGAUGAGAACCAGCCGCCCAAGAACCGGGAUUUGGAGGACAGAGCCAUGUUCAACGAAGGUAUCGGCAAGAAGUCGCGGUCGAUCUUCUUAGAACUGGACGCAAACGCCAAGCAGAUGGCGCCGCUAUCGCCGCCGCCGCAGGAGCCGCCCAAGAGGAAGGAACUGCCGUUCGUGCCGAAGGACGUGGUGCGCGCGGCGGACAAGGUGGAGGAAGUGAAGGUGGAGACGGCGGACAUCUCCGACCGGUUCCGGUUCUUCGAGACCUACAAGCCGGAGACCAAGCGGAAGGAGUUCCGGAUGACGCCGCCCAGGCAGAUCCAGCGUCCGAAGUCCCCGUCGCCGGAGCCUUACCACGAGCCGGGCGUGGUGCGGAGCGGGGAGGCGGCGCCGGACGCUGGCGUGGCCGCCUCCAGGCAGACCGCCUCGCGCAUGAUCGACGUGUUCCGCCAGAUGGAGCAGCGACCGCAGCCUGAGAACCACGGUCCGAAGCCGCUGAAGCGCUUCACGCCGCCGCCGGUGGAGGAGGGUCACACGUACUCGUCGGAGUCGGAGACUGACAGCGAGGAGGAGCACUGGCGCGAACAACGCACCGACGAGGCGCUCAAACAGGCUCAACAGCUGGCGCGCACGACGAGUUUCCGCGACCGUUUCGAGCGGUGGUCGGAGAGCGAACAGCAGCAGCAGGCGCCGCGGCCCGCGCUGCACAUCGACCGCGACACGGAGGAGGAUGGAGACUCGCAGCUCGAGACCGCUAAGAGCUUACGGGAGAAGUUUGAGAAUAUGAAGGUGCAAACGACGACAGUGACUAAGAAUUUCGUGCCAAAAGUUAACAGAUUUGUGUAACUUGUACGAAGACUUACCGCCUUUGAAGUACCAAAGCAUAAUUAUAACAUCGGUCCUCACCCAGUCAUCUUGCCAACUAAUUUUAAGCUCAACUAAAAGAUCUGAUUCUAUCUUAUUGGUGAAUUUCUAAAGUCCAAUCCAUAUCUUGUGGUUUGGACUAUAUUUUAUACUGGCCAAAUAUUUUAUCUUUGACUUAUUUGUAUUUUAGUGGCCUUACUAUUUCAUCGAUAUAUUAUUAAGGUGCUAAAUCAUUUUAGAUAUAGAUUUAUUUAUUACACUAGCAUCAUAAGACCGCAUUUUAAACAGUGCCUUAAAUUAUACUGCAUAAAAGUUUUAAGUGAAUCGAGUUUUAUGCGAUCUAAUUAUUGAAAAAUAUAAAAUAUGUUAACAAUAUUUAAAGAUCUUGUACGUUUUUCUAUUUUCUAAGAAAUUAUAACAGAUAGAGAUUACAAUGGAAAUUAUUGUUGCCUUUAUAGAAAAAGUUUUUUAAAAUCUUGUUAUACAAUUAUUGUUCUAAGUAAAAUAUAUAAUAUUUUAACACUUGACCUUGUGAUUUACAGAAAUAUAUUUAAAAAAUGCACUAAAAUAAAGAGGUUAGUGCUAUAAUUUUGUAAGCCUAUCGGGAAUAGCAGAAAUUAUUAUUUGAAAAAAAAAAUCUGAUUAAAGUGGAACCUGCAUAUUUUUAUUUGGUCUGAGCCUGCAUAAUGUGAAAGCGAACUUAUAUUAUGGAUUUUGGAAUCUCAACGUGUGCCAUCUUUGCUUGCACAAACAGUAUUUAAAAGCAUUAUUAAAAUAUUUCCUAUGAAAGAGAACAGUGUAAGUUGGCCUAUUUAGGGUAUUUUUCUUGCUCAGUGAAAUACAGAGUUUUAUUACGGUCUGUUUUAAGUACCGGGAUAGGCUAUUCAUAACUUAUCUGACAGAUACUCUUCUCUGUCAAACAAGUUGUGGAUAGCCUAUCCGGCACUUAUCAGGAAGUGGUAAAACAGGCCCUUAGACUUGUAAACAAUAUUUUACUUUUUGACUAUGAACAUGACAAACUAUUAAAAUAUUAUUAAAUUUUAGGUCCUAUUUACGCCGUUCUAUGAGAAAAAAUAUAUUAUAUGACCGAAUACUCAAACAACUAAAGGUAAAAUUAAGACCUCGAAUAAUACUUUAUAAAUCGCUUUAUUUAUGAGGCACUCCUAACUUAAGUUGCGUUUGAGAAUUCGGACGUGAGGUGUAAAUAGACUUAAGUGAUGUGCAAUAGGUUAAGUUUUAUUUAUACUAAUUUCUUUUGCUUUUAAUCUCCUCCUUACCUCUUUCUGUCCGACUGAUUUUCUUUGUACUUAAUUAUAUACUGUUUUUGUCGUUUUGUACUCUCUAUACUCAAUGAAACUGCGAUAUUAUAAUAAAAAAAUAAAGUA